AUGUAGAUCCUCUAUAUGUUGAUCACGUCUCUGUGUCAGUGUAAGACUUUAGUGCAGCCUCUCUGGUUCACUGCAGUCUUUGUCUCUGUGUUUCUGUCAGGUGUUCACAUUGUCCAGAUGAUGUGCAGCUGUGAAUGGGAUGAAACAGGUGAAGUGAAAGGAUAUUGGCAAUACGGUUAUGAUGGAGAGGACUUCAUAAUCUUUGACCUGAAGACAGAGACGUGGGUCGCUCCUGUACAUGAGGCUGACAACACCAAAAAGAAGUGGGACCAUGACUGGGCUCUGACUGGUCAGAAAAAGAACUACCUCACCCAGAUUUGUCCUGAGUCACUGAAGAAGUAUGUGACCUAUGGGAGGAGCUCUCUGAUGAGGACAGGGACCUUCCAGAUGAGUGUUGACCUGGAUGUCUCAUCAGUCAAACCUGAAGACUGGCACAGAUACAGAUGUGUGUUUCAGCUCUCUGGUGUGAACGAGGACAUCGUCACCAGACUGGACAAAUCAGAGAUCAAGACAAAUGAAAGAAAUAACCUCGCCAUCAUCAUUGCCAUUUUUGCUGUGGUUCUUGUCCUCGGCGCUGUGAAUGGAAUCAUUGUCUACAAAAAGAAAACAAGCAGAUGCUUCUUACAGCCUCGUAAGUAA